UAAGCGUGGACUGGGCUGGGUGCCUCUUGGACAGGCUGGACUUGGUUAAACAACACGCGGAGGGUCCUGCUGUUGAAGCCUGAAGGAAAUAAGCAACAUGCCUUCCAGUAACAAAGAGGACGGCGGAUGGAAGAAGUUCCUGUGGAAUUCGGAGACGGGGGAGCUGCUCGGCCGUACCGGUGCCAGCUGGUUAAAAAUUACACUCUUCUAUGUUAUUUUCUACGGCUGCCUGGCUGGGGUCUUCAUUGGCACCAUCCAAGCAAUGCUGCUCACUCUGAGUGAAUACAAGCCCACCUGGCAGGACAGAGUUGCACCCCCAGGCCUUACACACACCCCACGGUCGGACAAAGCUGAGCUCAGCUUCAGCCCCAGAGCCGUGGAGACCUUCCUGCCUUACACCAAAGCUCUGAGGGAGUUCCUGGCCCACUAUGAUGACAGCAAACAGAAGGACCAGAUGAAGUUUGAAGACUGUGGAAGUGAACCUGGAGAGUAUAAGGAACGGGGCGACUUGGACAGCGACGUGGGGGUCAGGAGGGCCUGUCGUUUCCCCAGGUCCUUGCUGGGCCCCUGCUCAGGCAUCGAUGACACAGAGUUUGGAUUCAAGGACGGAAAGCCCUGUUUGAUCGUGAAGCUCAACAGAAUCGUUAACUUCCGUCCAAGGCCUCCGACCUCUAAUGACAGUAUUCCCGAGGAGGCUCAACCCAAGGUUCAGCCCAAUGUGAUCCCCAUUUACUGUACCAGCAGGAAAGAGGAGGAUGCUGAUAAGAUCGGAGAGAUUAAGUACUAUGGCAUCGGUGAGGGGUUCCCCCUGCAGUAUUACCCCUAUUACGGCAAGAAGCUGCACCCUCAGUACCUGCAGCCACUGGUUGCGCUGCAGUUCACCAACCUAACCCGCAACACUGAACUGCGCAUCGAAUGCAAAGUGUACGGAGACAACAUCGACUACAGCGAAAAGGACCGCUACCAGGGACGCUUUGAGGUCAAGAUGCAGGUUAAUGACUCGUGACCGCCAUCAGGACCAUAGCGCUCUCCACCCCAUACACCUUUAGUAUCAAUCUAGUGUAGGAGAGAAGUGAGGGGGUAGGCUGUAGCUAUUAACUCAUCUUGACUGAAUAAAGGGGGGAAGAGCUGUUAGGGGACUGCUGUGUAAUCUGUCUGCUUUCAUCACUAGCUUCUACAUUUCUGUCUAGCCUUAGAAUGUAAUUUAGGGGAAAAGUAGCAAUAGGGCCAAUAAAACGUUUAGUCUGCUGUAAAUGAGACUCUUCAACAAGCCAUGGGACAUUUUCACCGAUGAUCGUGACCCCACCUCUGCUGCGUAGCGAGCCGUCUGUCCCCUCUGCGCGGCGCUGCCUCCUGUGGUUUUAGUAGGUAGUUUUUUCGGAGUGUACAGUAGUCGCAGACCCGGCCCUUCGAACCACGCCCUUCCUCAUUUUAACGUAUGAGCAAGCUUUAGCAGUACCAGGCAUGUUUCAAACAUGAACACGUGCUCUGAUUUUCUUAAUGAUUGAAGGGGUUCACUGUUCUGAUCUAUGUAAGGAAAAUGCUGCACUCCAGGAAAUGUCUUUCCGCUUUAUUUCUUUUACAUCUGAUCAUGGGAGACCUACUUUAUGUUUAAAUGUGUGAUUGGUUUUAUUACUCUGUUUCAUGCCUUUUACCUUUGAUUUUGCCUUGAAUGUAGACUUGUGUGUCCAGGUUGUUAGACACUGGCCUGUUCGCAGGGCGAUGGUGCUAACUGAAGGGUUUGUUUUUCUUUGCUGGAUUUGUCACAGCGUUGUUGGCUAACUCUCUGAAUGUUUUGAACCAUGAAACAUGUUGGAAGAAUUUUAUAUUUAUGCAGUUGUACAUUUUGUUUCUUUGCAGAAUAUUGUAUAAAUGCAAUACCAAAGUGAUGAGUAUAAGUCUUUAUCAGAAGCAAUGCAGUAUGCCUUUUUAGGGUGUCAUCAUGUUAAAUGCUAAAGUCAGCGUCUUGCCUUGCAACCUUCAGUGGUUAACUUUCACUUUAGAUUUUGGCCAUGAAUGUAGAGAAGUGUGUAACGAAGAGUUCAGGGCAGUGAAAUUCCACAAUUCUGGUGUCCGUGCAUUUCCAAAAAACAGGAGUUCUUGCAGAGCUCUGUGGCUUUCAUGAAUGAUGAUGUUGGCGAUAGUAUUCCAUAAGAUCUCAUGUUGAUGUGAAACACUCAACUACAAAUGUAACUUCAGUCAACUUUUCAUCAGUUCAUUUAAUCAGAGAUAGAAACCAAUAAAGUCCAAGUGGACCUUUU